UAUUAAAUGCCUAAGAUGGUUAAGUGUUCCAUUUCCGUUAAAACAGUUGGACGGCAAAUCCCAUUUAACGCUGCAUCUUACUUUCUUCCGUUGAGCUCUCGUGUCGAACGCUUCUGUUGACAGGGAGCACCUUGGCGCUGUUCAAACGUGUGUGUGAGCUGCUCCCUUGCCAUGAAUAUCUAAACACUUGUUUGGUCGUGCGCAUAGGCUCCUUGGUUCUUUGGUUUUGCUCUCACGCUCUCUGCACUUGAGGAGUGUUUGACUUUGAUGAUUCGGAAGGAGAGUGAAAACUUGCCUUCAUGCGAUUACCUGAAGAGAUUGAGGAAUGGGAAGAUGGAUGUUGCCUCUAGAGAUGAGGUUCUUGACUGGAUUGCAAAGGAGAGUAAGAGCUGGAUGAUGCAGCUUUUAGCUGUUGCUUGUUUGUCUAUAGCAGCCAAAAUGGCGGAAACUGAUGUCCCCCUCUCUCUAGAUUUACAGACUGGGGAUAGCAAGUAUGUGUUUGAAGGUAGAACCAUUCAAAGAAUGAAGCUUCUUGUGUUGACUACACUUAAAUGGAGAAUGCAGGCAGUCACUCCAUUCUCAUUUAUGGAUUACUACCUCACGAAGAUAAACAGUGAUCGAAUUGCUUCAUGUUCUUCCAUUGUCAAAUGCACAGAACUCAUACUGAGCACACUUAAGGGUAAAUUUGUUCAGAUGUACAUUUGUGACCUUGAUUAAUGCUUUAUCAUUUCCUAGACUAAUAUUUAGGUGUUCAAAUUAAUGACAGGGAUUAACUUUAUAGAAUUCAAGCCAUCUGAGAUUGCAGCAGCUGCAGUGGCUAUAUCUGUUGCAGUAGAAACUGAGGUUGUAGACAUUGAGAAAGCAAUUUGUUCACUUACCCCCCAAAUACAUAAG